ACGGAGGAAAGUCUGUCCUCCGUCCAGCUGCAGAUGUGAGCCGCCUCCUCUGAGCCUCUGGAGGAAGUUGUGGCCAAAGUCCAAUCAGCACUCCCCCUCAGCUCCACUCCUAGUGCACCAUGGGAUUUGCAGUCCUUUCCACCCUCCUCCUCCUCUCUUUGGUGACAUCAUCAGUGUGUGCUGCGGUGGGCGUGGCCAGUCCAGGUGGCACCAUGCUGUGUCCUCUGCAGUGUGUGUGUGAGACGAGGCCAUGGUACACGCCACAGUCCGUGUAUCACCAGGCACGGACCGUCGACUGCAAUGAGCUCCACCUGCACCGAGUUCCCGCCAACAUGUCAGCCGACACACAGGUGCUGCUGCUGCAGAGUAACAACAUCUCAUCCAUCAGCACAGAGCUGCAGAGUCUCACCAACCUGACAGAACUGGACCUGUCACAGAACCACUUCACACAGGUGAGCUCCAUGGGUUUGUCCUCUCUGGGCCGGCUGGUGACUCUGUACCUGGAGGAGAACCACAUCGAGGAGCUGGAGGACUUCAGUCUGAGGAACCUGUCCAGUCUGGAGGAACUCUACAUCAAUCACAACCGCAUCUCGUCCAUCGGACCCAAAGCCUUCGUCGGACUCACCGACCUGCUGCGGCUCCACCUGAACUCUAACCGGCUGGUGGCCAUCGACAGCCGCUGGUUCGAGUCCCUGCCAUCUCUGGAGAUCCUGAUGAUUGGGGAGAACCCCAUCCUGGGUCUGGAGGAGAAGAACUUCCUGCCUCUGUCCCGCCUCCACAGCCUGGUGCUGGCGGGGAUGGGGCUGGCGUCCGUCCCCGCCGCCGCCUUCCAGGGCCUGGACUACCUGGAGAGUCUGUCCUUCUACGACAACCGGCUCAGGUCAGUUCCUCGGGACGCUCUGAGCGUGCUCCCUAACCUCAAGUUCCUGGACCUGAACCGGAACCCGAUCAGCCGAAUCCAGCAGGGAGACUUUCAGAACCUGCAGCACCUGGAGGAGCUCAGUCUGAACAACAUGGACGAGCUGCUGAUGGUGGAACGAGAUGCUUUCCAGAAUCUUCCAGAAAUCGCCAAACUGGAACUCUGCAGCAACCAGCAGCUGAGCUACAUCCACCCUCAGGCCUUCAGUGAGCUGUCUUCCCUGCGGACGCUCCUCCUCCACAGUAACCAGCUGAGUCUCCUCUCUGGGGAUGUCCUGUCCUCCCUGCCUUCCCUGGAGGAGGUGUCUCUGCACUCCAACCCGCUGCGCUGCGACUGUCUGGGCUCCUGGGGGCCUCACCUGGGCAACCAGUCGCACCUCAAGGUGCUCGAGUCCUCCAUCACCCUCUGCUCCUCCCCGCUGCACCUCAUUGGUCGGGAGCUGCAGGAGGUG